ACGUAGCAAAACAUAACCAGAGAGAGAGAGAGAGCGCAUAUUGUCCGUAUGAUCAGUAUUUUGGUGUCUCACCAAAAGAUUAAAUUUUGGUGAAAAUUCUCUAUAAAUAUCAAAUUGGCUGUGUUUAUAGCAGGUCUAACAAAUUUUGUUCCCCAACUGUUUGUUGAAAGUCCCUGUUUUCUUCGAAUCCUGGAGACUCUUUGGUAGUGGCGAAAAUGAAGUCUCUGCUUUUCGUCGUAGUGUCUGUGCUGCUCGUCUCAGCAUGGAUACCAGUCUCUCGUUGUUCCAAGAAACCCGUGAUGGGAGCCAGAAAGGAAGAUAUUCCGUACAUCAAAUGCCAGGUCUGUGAGAAGCUCGCAGCUCAGCUGUACCACCAGGUUCAGAAGAAGCAAGCUGAGAUCUCUCCCAAGAAGAUCUCAGAGUAUCAAAUAAUUGAGAUGGCGGAGAAUGUUUGUAAUCUGAAGAAAGCUGAAGCGGAUUGGAUUUUACGGAUAGAUAUUGUGGAACAACGGGAUAAGUUAGAGCUGGUGGAACAAGACUCUGAAGGACAAUGCAAUUCAGAGUGUAAGACAAUUGAGCGGGCUUGCCAAGAAGUCAUGGGGUAUUCUGAUACUGAUGUUGCUGAAUUUCUAUAUAAAUCCAAGCCUGAUAUUGAUUCACUGGUUAGCUUUCUAUGUAACGACCUUACUAAAGCAUGCAGUACCAAGCCACCUCCAGUUCCCAAGGAUAGGACCCCUGGAGAACUUUUUGAGCCCAAAUCAGCUAAAGAGGCUGAAAUGGAAAAGAUAAUGAAAUCUAUGGAGGGUAUGCCAGGAGCACCCGGCAUGAAAAUGUACUCCAGAGACGAUUUGAUGAACAUGAAAAAUUUCGGCAAUGAAGGUGAUGACGAUGAAGACGAUGACGAUGACGAGGCACAAUUCCCCUCCAAAUUGGGAGAAGUUCUGAGGAAGAAAGAAAGUACGAAGGGCGAUUGGAGACAGAAGUUCACCGAAGGGAUCACAAAUGUGAGGGACUCGCUAAAGAAACACGCAUACAAAGUCUCCAACCGGGUAAGGCAGUGGUGGAGAAGAAAGAAAGCAGCAGGUUCAAAGAAUUUGAAGGCCAGCAAGUCAGAUCUUUAGCUCCCCCACUAAUCACAAACGUUACAGGAGAAGUGAGGAUCUGCUUGUUUUCGUUCGUUGUAUCAAAUAUCUUUUGUUAGGCAAUACAAAACACAAAUUUUGAUAGUAGGAAUUUGAGUACAAUAAAAGCUUAUCUUCUGGAA